AUGAACAACGACAAUCCUCCAGACCACAACCUCUACGCAUCAAUACCGCCUAGCACCGCUCCCGCCUCAACCCGCCCAGCCACUGCCGCGACAGACAGUCCAAACAAUGACCCCUUCAACCCCAAGACCGUCCCGGGUGCCUCCUCGGAAGCCGCCUCAGCUUCAGGCCUAGGAACCAACCCCUUCGCGAGCCCAGAAGCCUCUCGGCCAACUUCUAGUCUCGGCGACUUCAGUGGCAGCGGGAUUGCUGCUUUGACGGGUGUGAGCGCGGCACGUUCCGAGGAGCGUCCACCGAGGUACUUCCACUCGAGGAGAGUAAAGAAGGGAGAUGUCGAGAAGCCGUGGUUGAAGCACAAGGAUCCUAAGGAGAAGUGGGUAACUAUAUUGCCUAUUAUCGGUAUCUUGGUUGGUUUGGGUAUCUCUGGGUUUCUCGUCUGGGAUGGGAUCCGGAGCGUGGUGCAGCACAAAUACUGCGAGGUGCUUGUCGAGGACUUUUCGCAGGGACUGAGGGAGAGUAUCUGGACGAAAGAGGUUGAGCUUGGUGGCUUUGGCAAUGGUGAAUUCGCCAUGACCACACCCGGCGACGAAAACGUCUUCAUCCAAGACGGGCGCCUCAUCAUCCGCGCCACCCUCCAGGACGCCUCCCUCAUUGAAAACGACAGCAAAAUCGACCUCCUGAAAGACGGCACCUGCACUUCUGACGAUCCCCUCCGAUGCAUCGCCACCACCAACACGACGGUCGGCAACGCGACGAUCGUGCCCCCUGCUAAAUCGGGUCGCAUCAACACCAAGAAGGGCGCAAGCAUCAAGUACGGUCGCGUCGAGGUUACGGCGAAAUUACCGCGCGGAGACUGGCUCUGGCCUGCCAUUUGGAUGAUGCCGGUCGAGGAUACCUACGGGGAGUGGCCCGCGUCGGGAGAGAUUGACAUUAUGGAGUCGCGGGGGAAUAAUUGGACUUAUCCGCAGGGGGGCAACGAUGUCAUGUCGUCAGCACUUCAUUGGGGUCCUGACUCGGAAAACGACGGGUGGUGGCGCACGAACAACAAGCGCGGAGCGCUACACACGACAUACAGCGACGGCUUCAACACGUUCGGGUUGGAGUGGUCGCAGAAAUAUCUCUUCACGUACGUCAACUCGAGGCUGUUGCAGGUUACUUAUACGAAUUUCGCCAAGCCGUUCUGGGAGCGGGGGAAUUUUCCCAACUUCAACUCCGACGGGGAGAGGAUCGAGGAUCCGUGGUCGGCGACGGGGCGGAAGGAGGCGCCGUUCGAUCAGAAGUUCUUCCUCAUCUUGAACGUGGCCGUGGGUUCGCAGAAUGGCUGGUUUCAGGAUGCUCCCGGGAAGCCUUGGAGGGAUAGGUCAGAUAAUGCGGCGAAGGAUUUCUGGACGAAGAGGAAUGAGUGGUAUCCUACGUGGACGCAGCCGCAGAUGGAGAUUUCCAAGGUGGUGAUGUGGCAGCAGUGCGACGGCAACGAGGAGCUUUGA